AUGAAGUAUUACGAGAAUGGUAACUUGUACCAAUACCUGAAUUAUGUCAAGGGUGUGAUCAGUUGGAGAGAUAUGAUCGACAUGUUGUGGGAUAUUUCAUGUGGACUGGAGAAAAUCCAUUCCCAAGAUUUGUUUCAUGGUAAUCUUCAUGGUGGUAAUUUGUUAAUCGAAGAGGAAAAUGUUUCAACCGAUGCAAAACUUGCUGAUGUGGGAUUUUAUGGGCCUGUCAAUUUUUCUAAAGCGGAAGAUGAAAGGUGGAAGUUGAUUAGCAGACAACACAAUAAAUCUUAUACUCCUCCCAAACAACAUCCUCAGGCUUUUUACACCAGCCGAGAGUUUUAUUUUCCUAAUCUUACCAAUCAAUAA